AUGUCACCACCUUCAGCAAUGAACAAGUGCCAAAAAGCUUACGGAAAUUCAGUUAAUGCAGUCAAAGAACGCGCACAAAAAGAUAAAACUGCUUUCCAGCACGGGUUUCUCUUGGCUUUGAUCAAUCAAAACGCAAGAAUCACACUAAAAAGGCCUAAAAAGGUAUCAAUGAGGACAUCAACGAUCCCAAAAAUUGUAAUGCUCGAAAUUCAAGCGUCAAGAGUCGAUGUCCUUGCUCUUGCUUCGUCGUUCUGCGCCAAAGUUCACGAAAAAGAAAUCACUGAAGGUGUUCCACAACAGACUGCCGAUCGAAGGUUCAACAAAAAUAUUAUAGCAUUUACACAGAAUUUCAUAUUCGAUACAUGUCUUGAAUUGGGGUACUUUUUCGACUCAAAACUUUCGAAGAAUUCAAUGAAGUCAAUUCAAACAGAACGUAUAGACAAUGUUUAUGCUAACGGUUCUUUCUUUGCGAGUCAAAACGAUAUCCUCUUUAUUGGAAGGAAGAUCAACGCUUACUUCACUGAACUACUCAAAAACAAAAGAACCGUUGUUGUUGAACAGAACGACCAAUUCAUUUCAUCUUUACUCGAAAAUUAUUUCAAUAUCGCCGGAAUGGCAUUUUAA